GGACGCGGCGGGCGCCGAGGAGACGCAGCGGCAGCCGUAGGGCGGAGGGCGCCGGCGCUGCUCGAGGCGGCCCGCGCGCGCUACGAGAGCCUGCACAUCUCGGACGACGUGUUCGGCGAGUCGGGCCCGGACAGCGGCGGGAACCCCUUCUACAGCACGUCUGCCGCCUCGCGCUCCUCCUCGGCCGCUUCCUCGGACGACGAGCACGAGCGCCCCGGGCCCCCGCCGCCGCCCUGCGCCCCCGACGCGCAGGAGUCGGAGGAGGACGAGGCCGGCGCGGGUUGGAGUGCCACGCUGCGGGACCGCCCGCCCCCGCGCUUCGAGGACACCGGCGGUCCAACGCGAAAGAUGCCCCCCGGCGCCAGCGCCAUGGACUUCUUCCAGCUCUUUGUCCCGGACAACGUGCUCAAGAACAUGGUGGUGCAGACGAACAUGUACGCCAAGAAGUUCCAGGAGCGCUUCGGCAGCGACGGCACCUGGGCCGAGGUGACGCUGCCGGAGAUGAAGGCGUUCCUGGGCUACAUGAUCUCCACCAGCAUCUCCCACUGCGAGUCGGUCCUCAGCAUCUGGAGCAGCGGCUUCUACAGCAACAGGAGCCUCGCCCUCGUCAUGAGCCAGGCCCGCUUCGAGCAGAUCCUCAAGUACUUCCACGUGGUGGCCUUCCGCUCCAGCCAGACCACGCACGGCCUCUACAAGGUCCAGCCCUUCCUCGACUCCCUGCAGAACGGCUUCGACUCUGCCUUCAGGCCUUCCCAAACCCAGGUGCUACACGAACCCCUGAUUGACGAGGACCCUGUGUUCAUUGCCACGUGCACGGAGCGGGAACUCCGGAAGAGGAAAAAGCGGAAAUUCAGCCUCUGGGUCAGGCAGUGUUCUUCCACUGGCUUCAUUAUCCAGGUGAGCCAGGGGGUGGGUCCAGGGAGGCCUGUCGAAGGGACUCAUUCCGUAACUGAUGAGCUGGUUACUCACCCUUUUCCCGGGCCUUCCCCAGGAGCUGCCACGGAGACUGAGGCCGGGAGCUCCUCAUGGGGGUGCUGGGGCAGCCGACACUGUCCCGCCUGUACUUCCCAUCCUGUCCGGCCCUUCUGGUUCAAUAACAACAGUAAACACUGCUGGGAGCCUGGGGGCCUCUUGGAGCUGCAGUUCCUCUUCUGUAAUGCGGGACUCCUAGGGGCCCCUCUCCCAAGCGUCAGCUCAGAACAGGGCAGUCCUGUCCUUCGUGCCAAUGUGUGCAGGUUGUCCGUGGUCACGUGGACGUGGUUUUGUGUCCCUCUCCCCACAGAGAUUUACUGCUGCGGCCUGCUCAGCUCCAGGAAGAGUGACUGCACCGGCCUGCCCCCGUCCAUGCUGACCAACCCGGCCACCCCCCCAGCCCGGGGCCAGCACCGCAUCAAGAUGAAGGGGAACAUGUCUCUGAUUUGCUGGUACAACAAAGGGCACUUCCGCUUCCUGACCAACGCCUACUCGCCAGUGCAGCAAGGGGUGAUCUUCAAGAGGAAGAGUGGGGAGAUCCCCUGCCCGUUGGCCGUGGAGGCAUUUGCUGCUCACCUUAGCUACAUCUGCAAAUAUGACGACAAGUACAGCAAGUAUUUCAUUUCUCAUAAACCAAACAAGACCUGGCAGCAGGUGUUCUGGUUCGCCAUCAGCAUCGCCAUCAACAACGCCUACAUCCUCUACAAGCUGUCCGACGCCUACCACGUAAAGAGGUACAGCCGGGCGCAAUUCGGCGAGAGACUGGUGAGGGAGCUGCUGGGCCUGGAGGAGGCCUCCCCGGCCCACUGACGCCGCCGCCGCCAGGCUUAGGUGAGGACCGGGUCCGGGAGGCGGAGGCAGGGGAGAGCCUGCUGUCUGGACCUGCCCAGCCAGACCCCCGGGCAGCCCCGGGAGGUGGGCCCAGCCCCGAGCGGUGCCCCAGGCCUCGGCAGGGCCCCGGGGGGCCUGGUCAGAUGAGGGCUGCCAUCCCCGUUCCCCUUCCAAGAAAAGCACAUCCUCCCUCCAGAAGCCGCCGCCGCCCCCAGACUCUGCACGCGGGCCCAGGCGCUGUCGGUGGCCUUUGCCCCGUGGGGCGCCACGUCGUCGUGACACCCGCGGAGCCACCAGAGGCACUGGGGAUGGGAUGAGCCGUAGCGUGUUCUUCUAGAAAGGCCUGUUCUGUAAGGACGUAAAGACAGUUGUGACCUGGUUCCACCUCGUGCCGUGCCUACAGGUGACUGGAGGCAAGCAGGUCGCGCUAAGGCGGUCAGGCGCGUGCAGGAGACCAGUGCGUUCUCCUGGGCUUGCCGCGUGCAAGCAGCUUAGAACGGGUCUCCUAGAACAAGAAACGCAGACUGGGUGCCAUGAAAACGCAGGGAUGAAAUGGGGGAGCGGUUGCCCGUUCUGGUGAAUAAAUGAGGCGUCCCUACUCAUUUCAUUUCUCUGGCUGGUGGCCCGGGGGGUGGGGGGUAAGGGGAAAUGCCAACAGAACCGCAGUGAUGUGUGAUGCUAUUUUUUAUUUUUAAAUAUAUCUUCAGGUUAUUUUCUUACUGUUGCUUAGGAUCGUCUGUAAAAGGAAAACGUUCCCCUUCUUUUCCGUGCCCCCCCCCACCCUGCCAUGACUCCUUGCAUGAGCGCAGUUUGGCGUUCCGGGCCCUGUGGCUGUACCAGGGCCAGCGGGGGCAUCUGGCUUCCAGAACACACGUGGUUCCACUCCUCCAAGGAUCACGGGGGUGGGGGGGCCGUGGGCCUUACGCUUUGUCAUAGACGUUACCAUUGGCAGAAUUCCUUGUUUCAAAAAACCAGUUAGCUUCGCUGAAGCAAACAACAAAAGGUCUGGGGAGGACACAUGCUGCUUCUCCCCCACCCUCCCUACCCCCGCAUGCGAUGACAUGGUGGUGUCCCGGUGUCCGCCCUCUGAGCCCUGUGGACAGCACUCUCAGCCCUGCAGUGGGUCAGGGCCCCCAGCUCUGUGGGGUGUGAUGUCCCACGGGACCGGGGGCUCGCUCAGCUGGGGACUGAGAGGGCUGCCGAGCAGCCUGCAGCAAGGGCUCCGCUGACUUCCCCCCGGGGUUCCUGGGGAACCCAGGUCUGCAUGUCUCGAUGGGAGGCCUCGGCCCGGCUCGCCCACUGGUCUGACCAUCCCCCACAGACAAGAAACAGUGAUUUCUGGAGUUACACGAUCCCCCUGCACCCCAAUUUAUGUAGCCCCCUCAUUUUUUUACAAAUGCAAAAUCUAUUCUACUCAGGCUUUGGGACUUUCUUCCUUGUUCACACUCAGUUAAUUCCACGCAUUGCUGGCAGCAUGCUCCCCGCCUCCGCGUCAUUUCCGUACCCUAGGUUCAUGAGGGACCCCCUCGCCCUGUGGUUUGAACUCGAUGCCACGGAUUGUAGGCCACAUUUUCAAUUGUGUUUCAGAACACCUUCGCCGUGUCCUUUAAUUGGAUUGAAAGCACUUUUACCACAUGGAGAAAUAUAUUUUUAAUUUGUGACGCUUUUCUACGAGGUCCACUCUUUCUGAGUCUAAUGUGUUUCCGACACUUGGGGACACUCUGAUGAAAGCUGAUGAAUUUUCUUUUCUGUCCAAAUAAGUCAAAGAAAAAAUAAAAGUCUAUUUAGA